CGUAAAAUGACGCAGUCGUAUGUUUUGGGAAAUGCCAGAAUUUUACGUCGAAACGUUCUUGCAAACACACUUUUAAAAGUUUAAAUCAUUCUAAACAAAUUCGGAAAGGUGGUUAUUGUGGCCGCAUUAGCUUAAACAUUUUGUAAGCCUUUGACUUGCAGGCCUCGCCGGUGUUUAAUGGUCGCUAUGGAAACUAGACUGGACUGCGAACAGCUGAAGAAAGCAGACACGAGUUCUGAGGAUCCCCCUUUGGACGCAGGUGGUUCAGUGAUGUCAGCCCCGGAUGAAGAGCAGGCAGAAAACCUAAAAACAUGCGUCACCCCUGGAAACCCAGUUUUCUCCUGCACCACCACUCUAUCUUUCAAAGGCGCAGCUUCAACACCGUGGCUCAAACCUCAGAACCCCCUGUACAGGACCACCUCCAGUGACUAUGGUCUGUACCCUCCCACCGUUGAAACUACACCAUGUACAUUCCACCCUAAAUCGCAGAAAUUCACUAGACACCUGGGCAAGAGCGGGAUGUACCGCGACAAUUGUUUCAACACUACUCUCGACCGCAGCAGAGUGUAUGACUGUCCCAAUUUACAACACACGAUCUGAACACUGAUGUGAUUGUAAUGGCUCAAAAUGCUUUAUUCACUAUGAAUGUCUUAAUCCAACGAGAGGUUUGGACAAAACAAUGUGGCAGCAACUAUUUCUGUAAAUUAGUGUGUGAUCUGAUCAGAAUCCAAGGCAUGCAUGCAAGUACAGUUUCACAUUUUAUUGGUUAAUUAGCCAUUAUUUUCACUGCACAUUGUGGUUGUGUAGAAAUACUAAUGUUUGAAACAAAGCUCCUUGUUUGCAUUCAGAGUUUGAGACAUUGAAUAAAAAAUACUUACGUGGU